UUUUAACAAUUAAAAUAAUGGCAUCGUUGAUUAAUUUGAAAUCCAUUUUGAUUAUUGCAACUAUACUGGUCGCCACUAUGAAAACAAUAAUGGCUCAUGGUUCUUCAAUAAGUCCAUAUGUUGGUUUUGGUUACAAUCCUAUAGUCAGUCCGUUUUAUGGUUAUGGAUUGGCCAAUGCACUUGGCUUUGGUUUCGAUCAUGCAAGUUAUUAUGGGAAACCAUGGUAUGGUGGUUAUGGAAUUGGUUAUCCAUUUGGCAAUGGUUAUGGUCUUGGAUAUGGAAUGGGUAUGGGAUAUGGAUUUGGAUUUCCGGCAAUGAAUCUUGGUAUGGGUCAUGGUGGCCUCGGAUAUGGUGUUGGAAUGGGCGUUGGUUAUGGUGCUGGAUAUGCGGCUGGAAUUGGUCCAGGUGUUGGUGGUUAUAAUUGGAUCAAUAAAAAACAAGGAUUUGAUAGCGGAUACGACCCUAUGAUGAAUGGUAUUGGUAAUGAUUUUCAUAAAACUGCUCGUAAUGCUCGAGAAUUAAAUCUUUUAUCUUCAAAUGAAUUGGUUACAACACCGCCAUCAUCAUUGGCAUCAUUAAUUAUGAACAGAAGUUUGAAAACACUAUCUACAUCAGCAAAUAAACAAUCAUUAUCAUCAUUAUCAUCACCAACAUCUCAAUCACAACAUUAUUCGAAUAUUGUCGAUAAUUCAUCAUAAUUAUUUUAUUUUAAUUUAUAUUAACUUUAAUGAAUUGUAUAAUUAUA